GUUUGUGUAGUCGCUGAGGAGUCUGUCUCUGGAAUGCUGUCCAAAAACUCUCCAACUUUGCCCUCUUCAGAGUCGACACCUGUGAUGGCUUCAAAGCCUGUGUUGGAAUCACCUGUGAUAACUGUAAGCUCUAAUGCUGGCAAGAGAAAAAGGAGCCUGUUCGAACCGCAAGUUUCAGAGGAGGAAGAUCGUGAAUGGCUUGAGACCCAGCGUGAGUCUCAUCUCGACCCUGUGACCCUGUUCGUGGAACACCUUAUGCGCCGUGAGAAACAGCUCGCGGACCACCUUGUGCACCGUGAGACCCAGUUCCAGGACCAUCUUGAACAACGUGAGAACCAGCUCGGGAACCAUCAUGAACGCCUUGAGACCCAGUUGGAGGACCAUCAUGAACACCUUGAGAACCAGCUCACGGCCCAUGUUGAACACCUUGAGAGCCUGUUUUUGCGCCACCUUGCAUACCAUGAGACUCAGUACGAACGCCAGUUCCAACAGAUGAUGGAAGAGGCGCGUAAAGCGAGGCAGGAGGAGAUGGCCUUCAGAAAGGAACAAGUUGCCCAGACUGCCGACUUCCAUAAGGAACUGCUUGGAGUGCUGGACCGCAUGGCACAGGCCACGGAACCCCAGAAACACUCACCCCAGUAGCAGUGGCUGGACUGCACUGCACUGACCUAGUUUGUGCCGUUGCACAGUAGUGCAUUUGUAAAUAGUUCAUACCACUUCCCCAGGUACAUAGUGUAUAUAGUUUACACAACAGUGCAUUGUCUUGACUACACCAAGGAUUUAUGGUUUGCUUCUGAAAUGUAUUUACAUUUGUGCGACUUUAAUUGUUUUUACCAUUUACUUGCAUUUUGAUUUACUUGAAAAUGUGUCCACUAAAAUGGUGUGCCUUAUAUAUUUGUUAACCAAAAAAGGGUUAUUAAAUGGCUUUGUUUUACAAAAAGAAUGCCUUGUUGCAUGUUACUAUAAAUGUCUGAUCUGGUACUGAACCCAGGUAACCUGACCACAGGUUUAUCAUUCUCACCACCCAUUAUAUGAUGUCCUUAUAUCUUUUUAGAGGCCCCUGCAUACUUGUACUGGUAACCUAGUUCAAUAAAGAAACAAACGCGCACAUCCGUCUCAAAAAUAUUCUGGGUGAAGGACCUGCAAAGUCACAUGAAAAUUGAGAAUAAAGCCUGCACACCAGGCUCCCGUUUCUUUUUCAUUUAAAGGGACACUGUGCAGGAAAUGGUCAAAAAAGGUACUGCAACUAUGCUGCUCAUUGAAGCUGGGUUGCCUAUUGGCAAAUUUGAUCUUUACAUGAAAGUUUACUAAGUAAUAAACAAAUAUUUUUUUCUACUAUGGUCCAAGUACAGUCAUUUCUGCAGCUAAAAAUGGCUAUUUUUGGAAAUUCAAAAUGGCGGACCAUGGAGAAGAUCCC